AUGGCCGUCCGAUUAUCUUCUCUCUUAGAUAUCGUGACGUGGGAUCAGUACUCUAUCUCCGUUCGGGGUGAGCGUAUCCUUUUGCUUUCAGGGGAGUUUCAUCCUUUUCGCCUCCCUUCUCCAGACCUCUGGUUUGAUGUGUUCGAGAAAGUUCGUGCAUUAGGCUACUCCGCAGUAUCUUUCUACCUGGAUUGGGCCCUCCUUGAAGGAGAGCAAGGUCAAGUCCGCAUGGACGGAAUAUUCGCCCUUGACAAAUUCUUUGACGCCGCCAGCAAGUCCGGGGUCUACCUAAUUGCUCGGCCGGGGCCGUAUAUCAACGCUGAAACCUCGGGAGGAGGCUUCCCCGGUUGGUUAGCCCGCCUCAAGGGCAGGUUACGAACUUCAGAUCAGGACUUUCUAGAUGCUAUCGCUCUUUACUUUUCCGUUGUUGGUAGCAUUAUUACUAAAGCGCAGGUCACUGAAGGAGGUCCUGUCAUUCUCCUGCAACCCGAGAAUGAGUACACCCUUUGCGCGAGCACAAUGGGUUAUAGUCAGGACAAUAACCUCACGUAUACAAACUACUCUACAUCAUGCCUGGAUAAGGAGUACAUGACUUACGUCGAGAACAAAUUCCGAGAAGCCGGUAUUGUGGUUCCAUUUAUUGUGAACGAUGCAUUCCCCAUGGGGAAUUUCGCUCCGGGAGGAGGCGAGGGUGCAGUCAACAUUUACAGCUUCGAUAACUAUCCCUUGGGUUGGAGAACUGCACCCUCUGAUCCUUCCAAUUGGUCGUCAAUCGUCGACCCACUACUUGCGUACAAUUUUCCUACGCACGAAACGAUCAGCCCUAAUACGCCGUUCUCUAUAUCCGAAUUUCAAGCAGGGGUACCCGACGCAUGGGGCGGGGUUGGUUCGCACAUCUCCGCUGCGUAUAUAGGGUAUGAGUUCGAGCGCGUGCUAUAUAAGAUCAACUACGGUCUUCGGAUCGCUAUUCAAAAUCUCUACAUGAUAUUUGGAGGGACGAACUGGGGAAACCUUGGCCAUCCUGGAGGUUAUACAUCCUAUGAUGUAGGAGCAGCUAUUGCGGAAAAUCGCGAAAUAUCACGCGAGAAGUACAGCGAACUGAAGCUGCAGGCCAAUUUCCUUCAAGCCUCACCUGCAUAUUUAACCACUCGUCCUGAGAACGGAAGUAUUGGGAUCUACUCAGACACUCGAGACAUUCUUAUUACGCGGCUAGCUGGAUCGCAGACCAGUUUCUAUAUUGUUCGCCAUAGAGACCUGACGUCAUCCUCCUCAACUCCAUAUAACCUCAAGGUGAAGACAAGCGUCGGGAAGUUAACUCUCCCACAGAUGGGUGGAUUACUCAGUCUUAAUGGCCGUGACUCAAAAUUCCAUGUAACUGACUACGAUGUGGGCGGCAUGAGGCUGAUCUAUUCUACUGCGGAGAUCUUUUCCUGGAAGAAGGCUGACUCCAGGUCAGUCCUCUUACUAUAUGGUGGUGAGAACGAGCUCCAUGAGUUCGCACUCCCUGCUAGUGUCGGUUCUCCUCUCAUCGAGGGUUAUGGUGUUAAAGUGAGUGUAUCUGGCUUGAUGACUGUUGUACAGUGGCGCGUUGACCCGUCAUCUCGGCGAGUGGUCAAAUUCAACAAUGGCCUGGAGGUUUAUUUAUUGUGGCGGAACGAGGCCUACAAAUACUGGGUCCUUGAUCUGCCGGCCAUAGACCCUCUGGGGCUAUAUGUUUCUCCGUCAAGGGUGACGAACUCGGUCAUUGUCAAAGCCGGCUAUCUUAUUAGGAGCGCAAGUAUUGAGGGUGACGUACUUUACCUUAGGGGGGAUGUCAAUGCAACAACUGAACUCGAAGUUAUUUGGGCACCUCGGAACAUUUCAUCGUUGGUUUUCAAUGGUGAGGAAGUCCAAGCAGAUUUGAGUACUGGCCGCCUUACGGGAAUUGUCCACUUUACAGCUCCUCAGAUUGCCCCUCCUGAUCUAGAGGCCCUGUCCUGGCACUAUACCGACACUCUUCCUGAAUUGGACAGUUCGUACGAUGACAGCUCUUGGACUCCUUGCACACAAUCUUGGUCGAAUAACCCUCGCAACCUUUCAACUCCAACAUCUUUAUAUGCCAGCGAUUAUGGUUAUCAUGCAGGCUCACUACUCUAUCGCGGACUCUUUGUUGCUUCAGGCAAUGAAACAUCUGUCUAUAUUCUAACCGAAGGUGGCUACGCGUUUGGUCAUUCAGUUUGGCUAGAUUCGACCUACUUAGGAUCCUGGACAGGAAGUUCAGCUGAUAUGUUUUACAAUCGGACUUUAUCAUUCCCCACGAGAUUGGAGCCUGGCAAUCAAUAUGUCCUUACUGUUCUGAUCGACCAUAUGGGCUUAGACGAAAACUUCCCUGCAAAUUCGGCAAUAACAUGGAAAAUGACAGGCAACCUAGGCGGUGAACAUUAUUAUGACCAUACCAGGGGCCCAUUGAAUGAAGGGGGUAUGUAUGCCGAGCGUCAGGGAUAUCACCUCCCCGGUCUACUGGUCCAUCCGUGGGCUAAGAAAACCCCAUUACAAGGACUCUCACGUCCCGGUGUUGGGUUCUUUGCUACGUAUUUCGACCUUCACAUCCCUGCUGGUUACGAUGUGCCAAUGAGCAUUGUGUUGCGUAAUGAUACCGAAGCGGGGACGCCACGGAGUUAUAGAGCCCAGCUCUUUAUCAACGGAUGGCAGUUUGGUAAAUAUGUGAACAUCAUAGGCCCUCAAACCCGCUAUCGUAUUCCGGAAGGCAUCCUCAACUACAACGGCACCAACUAUCUGGCGUUAACACUGUGGAACCAAGAAGAUAGACCGGUCAAAGUCGAUUCUCUAAAGCUUGAAAUCGAUACCGUUGUACAGAGUGGUUAUCGGAAGCCCGGCUUUGUGGAGGCGAAGACAUUCACACUGAGACAAGAGAGCUAUUGA